UCUCUACUACUACCUUCUCCAUUCCGUGCUUCCCCAUUCUGUUGUUCUCCACACUGAAAAACCAGAGAACCAUGUCAUGCCACUGCACCGUGCUCCCUCCAUGAAUCUCAAUUCACAUUCCCGAACGUGAUUCCAAAUCAACGCCGCUUUCACAAUCUCAACUUCCCCAGCCCAAACCACCACCGUUACUCUGCUUCGAGUCUCAAUCCAAAGGCCUCAAGGGAUUGCCAUUGGUGUUGUUUUCUGCGCGUGUUGGAUUUUCUUUCAUUGGCAUUGUGUGGAGGAUUUUACUGCGUGUUGCGGUUGGUUGUCGCGGUUGUGAACGCUUCGCGCAUUGAAUUUAGGGUUUGUGUUUGUAAUGGUGCAGAGGAAUGUGUGAUGAAUUGUCUGGAGGGUCAGAGUUUUGGUGUUCUGGAUACUGCUUAUUUGGUUUAAUCUGUCACUCAUGGAUAAGAAAAUGGCUUUGCAGAAGUAUGUUCCUUCUGGUGAUGCACCUACUGUUAACAUGAAACGUUUGAGUUUUUCCACUAAGGGGGCUGAGAAAACUCAGCUUAAUGUGGCAAACCAGAAUCAUAACAUGAAUGUGGAUGUUGACCUUAGGGAAGUUUAUUUUCUCAUUCUGCACUUCCUUUCUGCUGGGCCAUGUCAUAAAACUUGUUUACAAUUUUGGAAUGAGCUUCUUGAGCAUGAACUUUUGCCUAGAAGGUAUCAUUCUUGGUAUUCAAGGAGUGGGGCAUGUAGUGGAAAUGCAGAUGAUGAUGGUUUAUCAUUCCCUUUAAGUUAUGAUAAGUUGGUGGAGAGGUAUCCUCACAUUGAAAAGGACCACUUAGUAAAGCUUUUGAAACAGUUAUUAAAUACAGCCUCUCCAUCGCUGGGCAUGAGCACCAGAAAUGCUCCAAAUGCAGCCGAUGUACCUACUCUUCUUGGAAGGGGCUCAUUUUCACUUCUGAGCUAUGACAGGGAUAAAAUGAAUGAAGAAGCCAAACGACCGGCUGCUUAUAUGCGCUGGCCUCAUAUGAAAGCCAAUCAGGUUCAUGGGCUCAAUUUGAGGGAAAUUGGGGGUGGUUUCCCCAGACACCACCGUGCACCUUCUAUACGUGCUGCAUGCUAUGCCAUAGCAAAACCUUCUACCAUGGUACAGAAGAUGCAAAAUAUCAAGAGGACAAGAGGACACCGCAAUGCUGUGUAUUGUGCUAUAUUAGAUCGAUCAGGAAGAUAUGUAAUUACUGGUUCAGAUGAUCGACUUGUAAAAAUUUGGUCAAUGGAAACUGCAUAUUGUUUGGCCAGUUGCCGUGGACACGACGGUGACAUCACAGACUUGGCUGUGAGUUCCAACAAUGCUUUGGUUGCAUCCUCAUCAAAUGACUGUGUCAUUCGAGUUUGGCGGUUGCCAGAUGGAUUGCCAAUAUCAAUUUUACGGGGACAUACUGGAGCUGUUACAGCCAUAGCAUUUAGUCCCAGACCUAAUGCUGUUUACCAGCUUUUAUCUUCAUCUGAUGACGGCACUUGUAGGAUAUGGGAUGCAAGGCACACUCAAUCAGUUCCAAGAUUAUAUGUUCCAAGGCCUCCUGAUUCUCUUGGGAAGAGCAGUGGCCCAUCUUCAAGUACUUUUCCGCAGAGCCAUCAGAUUUUUUGCUGUGCAUUUAAUGCUAAUGGAACUGUCUUUGUCACUGGUAGUUCUGACAAUCUUGCUCGGGUCUGGAAUGCUUGUAAAUUUAGUGUGGAUGAUGCUGACCAACCAAAUCACGAGUUAGAUAUGCUAUCAGGGCAUGAAAAUGAUGUGAAUUAUGUGCAAUUCAGUGGAUGUGCAGUAGCAUCUAGAUUUUCCGCAGCAGAAACUUUGAAGGAGGAAAAUAUACCCAAAUUUAAGAAUUCAUGGUUGAAUCACGACAACAUAGUUACCUGCUCUCGUGAUGGGAGUGCUAUUAUAUGGAUUCCAAAAUCACGCAGGUCACAUGGAAAAAGUGGUCGCUGGACUCGGGCAUAUCAUUUGAGAGUUCCACCUCCACCUAUGCCUCCUCAACCUCAGAGAGGUGGUCCUCGUCAGAGAAUUCUACCAACUCCACGUGGUGUAAAUAUGAUUGUUUGGAGCCUAGACAACCGCUUCGUCCUUGCAGCUAUUAUGGAUUGCAGAAUUUGUGUUUGGAAUGCUUCUGAUGGCAGCUUAGUACACUCGUUGACUGGACAUACCGAGUCUACAUAUGUUCUGGAUGUUCAUCCUUUUAAUCCGCGGAUCGCUAUGAGUGCUGGAUAUGAUGGAAGAACUAUUGUGUGGGAUAUAUGGGAAGGCAAGCCUAUCCGAAUAUAUGAGAUAUCGCAUUUCAAGUUAGUGGAUGGGAAGUUUUCUCCGGAUGGGACAUCAAUUAUACUUUCAGAUGAUGUUGGUCAACUUUAUAUAUUAAGCACAGGUCAAGGUGAGUCCCAGAAAGAUGCCAAAUAUGAUCAGUUCUUUCUUGGUGAUUAUCGACCUCUCAUUCAAGAUACCCAUGGUAAUGUACUUGACCAGGAAACUCAAAUUGUUCCAUAUCGACGGAAUCUGCAAGAUUUGCUCUGUGAUUCAGCACUGAUACCAUACCCAGAACCUUAUCAGACUGAAUUUCAGCAAAGACGAUUGGGAGCUUUAGGUCUCGAGUGGCGCCCGUCAUCACUAAGGCUUGCUGUUGGUCCUGACUUCAGUUUGGAUCCCGAUUUUCAUAUGCUUCCAUUGGCAGACUUGGAUGUGCUUACAGAACCAUUACCAGAGUUUAUAGAUGCUAUGGAUUGGGAGCCUGAAAUUGAAGUCUUUAGUGAUGAUGCUGAUUCAGAAUAUAAUUUCACUGAAGAUUGCUCUUCUCGGGGUGAGAAAGGAUGUUCAAGCUCCAGUGACUCUGGUGAUCCAGAGUGCAGCACAGAUAACAGUGAAGAGGAGGACAUUCACAUGGAUAGCAUUCGUAGAUCGAAGAGAAAAAAACAGAAGAAUGAAACUGAGAUUAUGACUUCUUCUGGGAGACGUGUGAAAAGGAGGAAUUUGGAUGAGUGUGAUGGCAAUACUUUCAGCAGUAACCGAAAUAGGAAGGGAAAAAGUGUCCAGAAAACUUCAAGGAGGAAAUCUUCUAAGUCAAAAUCUUCCAGACCUCAAAGAGCCGCGGCACGCAAUGCUCUGCAUUUAUUUUCCAAAAUUACGGGUGCACCAACAGAUGGAGAAGAUAGUUUGCUUGGUGAUUUUUCAGAUAGUGAGUCAACGUUGCAAGAGUCUAAUAUUGACAGUGAUGAAUCUGGUAGAGCUUCACAGAAUGACCAACUGAAUUGUUCCAAGGGAAAAGAAGUAUUAUUGUCUGAAUCACAGGACACAAAAUCUCAUGAGUUAACUGAGACUCAUGUGAAUGCAGUGAACCGGAGGAGAUUGGUUCUCAAGUUUCCAAUUCGUGAUUCAUCUCAACCCAUGCAUGAGUUUGACAAGCAGGAUGGAUUGGUUGGUUCAUCAUCAAAAACUGCUGAUUUAAGUAGGAACAGACCAAGUUCUCAGGAUCCUGAGUAUUAUUUUGGCAAUGGAAGCAAUGAAACAAUUGAAAGAAAUCAUCAACUAAACCUAGGCCAGGAAGCAGACGACGUGGACUUACUAGGAAAAAUUAGAUGGGGAGUGGUUAGGCCUCGUUCAUCUAAACUUCUUAGAGUGAGAGAAGCUGUGCCAUCAGAGGCAAAUGCCAACUCUGUAAAAUGUCCUAAUCAACUCGAUGAAAAAGAAAAUGGUGGUACUGGGCUCGAGAAGGAGAACAAGGACUUUAGUACAUCAACCCUUGCUUUAGAAAUUCAGAAUGAUGAUGAUAAGGUAGAUAACUUGACCGAUAACAGCGGAAAUUGUGUCAGCACUUCUUCACAGCUUUUUAAUCCUGCUGAGAAUGGAGAAGUGCUCACUGCUUCCAGCAAUUGCAGGGAUAAAGAUGAAUCACUAGUUAAUGCAAGCAUGAUUCCUCAGGAUACUAUUCCUGCUUUCGUCACCCAUGAGGCUGACCAACUACCUGAACCAAAUAUUGGUUUUCCUUCUGUUUCAACAAAGCUAAGGUCUAAAAGGGGUUCACGGGAUGGUGAAAGUCCAUCCAAGCAUGAGACAAAAUCUUCAGUGCUAAAGAAUAGUGCAUGUAGCACUAAUGCUGAUAAUAAUUUGAACAACGAACACCAUAUCGUUGUGGUUGAGGAUGGCAACAAUAAUAGAGUAACAUCUAAUCAGGGAGAAAAUGGUUCUCCAGAAGAUGCUCAGGUUAAACAAAUUAGUACUUCCCAUGAUUCACUAGAGCCACGUCCAAAUAGAGAUAAAAUGUAUAAAGCUGUUUAUAGAAGAUCAAGAUCACAUAAGGCUGUGAAUAAUUUAGCUGAUGGAAGUGUCUUGGGAGAAUCCACUUCAAAUGGUAGCAACAGUAAUUCCAAUGUGGCUGUGGGCUUAAGUAAUGGCACAAAUGAAGCUCUGCAUACCAGUGGUUCCUUAGAGUUGGAAACAGCUACUUGUGACGCAAAUAAUGAGCGGAAUAAUUUCAAAGUGCAGCAAGGACAUGAAUCUUGUAUGGUUAGAAGCCCACAGAAUGCUUCUACAAGCAGAGGACAACUCACAGAAGAAGAAAGGGGACGUAGUUCAAAAUUGACUGUUGGUUUGAGGUCCACCAGGAGUCGGAGGUCUAGUUAUAAUAUUCGGGAGACUAGUCCUGUAAAUAUUAAAAAACCGACACAAUCAGCUUCCAAAGGGUCAUGGUUGCUGUUAUCGACGCAUGAGGAAGGAUGCAGAUAUAUUCCACAACAGGGAGAUGAAGUUGUAUAUUUGAGACAGGGACACCAGGAGUAUAUAGAUUAUCUCCGUAAAAGAGAAUCGGGGCCUUGGAUAUUGCUCAAGGGACAUAUAAGAGCUGUAGAAUAUUGUAGAGUUCAAAGCCUUGAGUAUUCUCAUGUUCCAGGGUCUGGUGAUAGCUGCUGCAAAAUGACCCUUCAGUUUGUAGAUCCUGAUUCAAGUGUUGUUGGCAAAUCUUUUAAAUUAACCCUACCUGAAGUGACCGGUUUCCCAGAUUUUCUUGUUGAGAGAACUAGGUUUGAUGCUGCCAUGCAAAGAAACUGGACCCGGAGGGAUAAAUGCAGGGUUUGGUGGAAGAAUGAGGACAAUUCCUCCGGUAGUUGGUGGGAUGGUCGAAUUCUGUGGGACAAAGCCAAGUCUCCUGAAUUUCCAGACAGUCCAUGGGAGAGGUAUAAUGUUCGGUACAAGAGUGACCUCUCUGAAACACAUUUGCACAGUCCUUGGGAGCUUUUUGAUGCUGAUACUCAAUGGGAACAGCCUCACAUUGAUGAUAACAGUCGAAAUAAACUGCUAUCUUCUCUGACCAAAUUACAGCAGUCAGGCAACACUGCGCAGGAUCGUUAUGGGUUGCGUGAAUUGAAGAAAAUUUCAACCAAGUCAAAAUUUAUAAACAGGUUUCCUGUUCCUCUGUCUCUUGAAUUGAUACUGUCAAGGUUGGAAAACAAUUACUACCGUAGUUUGGAGGCAAUGAAGCACGAUGUCUCCGUUCUAGUGUCAAAUGCGACCUCUUUUCUUGAAAAGGACGCAGACAUGUCCGCGAAAAUCAAACGCCUAUCAGAAUGGUUCACCCGGACCUUAUCAUCUUCAUAGCUGUUAGCUUUCAUGGGAAAUAGGCCAGUAUAACGGCUAAAGCAGGCCAGCUGGGUAUUUUCCCGCAUAUUUUUUGUAGAUAGAUUCUUCAUUGUCCUUUGGAUUAGAUUUUUCUGAUUCAGUAUAUUACUAGCUUCUGAGGGUAGACAUAGGAACAUCGGCAUAAAGUAGCAUUUUGCUGUGGAAAAUUUCUGCGGCUACAUUCAUUUUUUGUACAGUGACACCUCAUUGAUAGCAAAUUCAAAAUUCACAUACAGAAUUUCUGGGCCUCGAUUUCUGUUUGGGCUAAUACUACUGAAGGUUUUCAAUUUUGA